CUGAUGGCUCGGUGAGGAGGUCUGUGUCGCCUCUGGACCUCACAGCUCCGUCCAACCUCUCAGACUCCACUCAGGCUGGAGACAGAGGAGUCACAGACGAGGACGGGGACGGGGACGGACCCCGCCCUAGAGGGUGGUCCGGGGGGAGAGUGUUCUCCGAGGCCGGGACGGCAGUUUGGAGUGAGACAGCAGCGGGAGUGAAGGCGGCGGAGACUGGGACUUUGGCUGGAACAGGUGCCCGGGAGGGGGGGUGGAGGAGGGGGACGGACGGAGGGAGUACAUGCCAGACCGGGACACAGCCGUCUUGCUGGGGGGACGGAGGACGAGUGCAGGGGGAGACGGCCAAAGAGAGGAGGCAGCCUUCUCCUCGGUCCUCACUGUGCUGGGGGCGGGGGGGCAACCGCUGGGGCUGCUGUCCAAGGCCGCUUGGACUAAACGGACCUCGUCCACGUUGGCACACAGCGCUUCUUCCUCCUCCUCCUCCUCUUCCUCCUCCUCCUCCUCCUCCUCCUCGUCCUCGUCCUCUAUGACAAACGUAUCCUCUUCACCCCCCUCCUCUCUGUCUUCAACCCCCCCACCCAACACCAUGACCAGUCAGACAACAACAACAACAACAACAACAACAGCAGCGUCCACCAACACCUCUGUGUUCAUGGUCAACAACAGCGACCCCUCUGUCAGCAACGGGAACUUCAGCUCAGCAGAGGAGCCGCUGAGCAGCCUGCCGGCCUGGGACCUUCCCACCGUCCCAGAAUCCCUCCUGUCCACCGCCGGCGACCAUGACAUCACACUUCCUGCCAACGUCACCAGCCCUUUCUCCACCCACCAGUGGAACACCACCAUGCCUGUACGAGCCAGAAACGCCUCACUCAGCAGCGCCACCUCCACCACGGCGUCGCCGUCUACGUCCGUCGCCACCACCGUCGCUCCGCCGCCGCCGUGGACCACAGCCAGAGAUCAGACGCCACAGGAGUCAACUACGACCUCGAACACCACGGCUCUGGACGCAGAGACCAGAGGAGACCGCCAGCUGACCGCCGUCACCGCGGCCUCCACCACCUCCACCGCUCCCCCUCUGACGGAGGAGGAGGAGGAGGAGGCAACCCCAGAGGAGGAAACCCGAGCUUUGACCGACCCCAGCUCCAUCAGCCCGCCACCGAACGUCACCGCGGUUACAGCCACACAACAAACAACGACCACCGUGGCUACGACUCCGCCUACGACAACCACCACGACCACACCUGCCCCAACCACCACCACCGCUUUACCAACAACCACCACCACCAUUACUACCACGACACAGUCUCCACCCACCACGACUACAACCACUGCCCCCCCCACCACCACCACCACCGCUGCUAGCACAACAACAGCUAGUCCGUCCACGACAACCAGGACCUCCGUCACCACGGUGUUCAUCAGGACGCAGCCUCCAACCACCACCAGACCUCCACCGUCCAGCACCGCCGCAGGAGAAAGUCCUCCACCCUGCAACGUCACCCAGAAGUACUGGGUCAAAACAGUACUGUCCAUCGAGCUGCGCAGGAACCGUCUGGACCUGAUCCUGAAACAGAAUCUGGCCAAGGGACUGAGCCACGCCCUGCAGCGAGCCCUGAACGACACCGCCGCCGCCGUCCAGGUGGAGCGUGACGACUGCGGCCACAACAACGUCACCCUGGGUUACUACGUCAGCAGCGGUAAAAACGUCUACAUCGCCGCCCUGGUGGUGGAGUCCUUGAACAUCUACGGCUUUGACAAACUGCUGUCGGACAUCAGGCAGCACACGCCCCUGGUCAAGGCAGUUCUGGUCCCUGUGGCCGCCUGGUCCCCGACUCCCAGCAUCCACCUGCAGCUGAGGACAGUGCUGAGGUUCGUCGGCCCCUCAGACAACGUCUACUCCUGCAGCUUCGUGCAGAUGUUGGAGCAGAGGCUGGGGAACGCCUUCGAUGAAGCUCAGGACAAAGUGUUGGAGACCUACAGCAGACUGUCAGUGGAGAUCCAGAGUGUUUCUCAGGAUCCAGGUUCUCCGUCCGUCACCCUGGUCUACGUGGUGAAGAAUCAGGACAACGUUCUGAACGGAACGAUAUCCAGCGGUCUCCUCAACCAGCUGACGGCCGAGCUGGUGGGCUACUUCCUGUUCUACCCUCCUCUGGUCAUCGCCGAGCCCCUGGAAUACCACAAUCUCAACACAUCCACUGCCACCAAGAACUAUUGGGUGAUAACAGUGAUCCAGGACGUGGACACCUCCUCUCUGGAGGCCAACUACCAGAGCUUUGCCAGUCUGAUGGAGCAGCGGUUAGCUGAGCUCUUCCUGGUCGCGGGCAGACAGGGGUCUCAGGCGGCCCGAUCCCGGCGGGCCACCACGGUUGGAGGCUACACGGUGCAGAUGGUGAGCAUGCGUCGACUUCCUGGACCCAAGAACCCCGCGGAGAUGACGUACUACGCCCAGCUGAACGGCGCCCCCAUCACCGGGACGGCGGCGGCCAAGACCCUGAGCAGCCUGGACUCUCAGACCAUGGCUCUGACUCUGGGCUACUUCGUACAAGUGCAAGCCGAACCCGUGGUGAAGACUCCGCCCACUAACCUGUGGAUCAUGGCGGGUCCCGCGCUCUUCCUCCUGGUGGUGGUGAUUGGGAUGGUGACCUUCAUCCUGUGUCGGAGGAACAGAGUCAUCUUCAAGACCGGGGCCUUCAGGUCCUUCAAGACCCGCUCCAAGGCCUCUUAUCGCAGAGAGGGCAGUUACCACCAUCAGCCUGUCCAGGGCUUCGACUAUGCCAAGAAGCACAUGGGUCGAGCCGGAGAGGAGACGGCCUCCGUGACGAAGGAAACGCUGGUUCUGGGUCUGCCGGUCCGAGACGCUCCGCUGACGUUAUCCCUGGAUAAGAAGGUUCUCCAGGACGGCACCGGCAGCAAGAGACCCCCGUCUGCAGACGUACACAAAGGAGGACGGUUGCCAAGUGAGGAGGACGGCUCGAUGUCGAGUAACAGCUCCGGGAAGCUGAACACCAGCAAGAGCUCGUCGGCCCGGAGGACGGCGACGAGCGGCAGCAGCAAGAACGGCAAGGAGGAGAUGCUGAAGAGGAGCGGCAACGACCCCUGUUCGGACCACUCGGGGUCCCUGCGUCUCAUCACCAUCAAACCCAUGACGGCCCAGCCCACCUACUCCUACCCCUCGUCCUCUUCCCACAGCCAGGACUCUGUGGUCCUGAAUGGAGACGUGAAUCACGUUGGACUGAAGCAGAAGUCGGACAUAGAACACUACAGGAACAAACUGCGACAGAAGGCUCGGAAGAAAGGCUACGGAGACUUUUCGCUGUCGGAGACUGGCAGCCACGGUUACGGUCACCGUGACGCCAGACACGGUCGGCACGAGGGCGGAGUCAAAGAACCCAUGACGGCAGAGGAGAAGAGGGCUUCCUUUGCUGGAUGUCAUAAAAGGUACUCCCACCCCAGGGAGCCCACCUACUGGAGCAGACAGUCCCUGAGCACCCCCAGUCCAGUGGAGACAGAAAUGGACCUGUUGGUUCUGAGAGAAAGAUCCAGAAGAGGCAUCCGCAACAACGGCUACGACGGAGAACCGGAACCAUUUGAGGAGACCAACGUUGACCGCCUGAUGAGCUCUCUGGGAUUCGCCGGCGGGUCGACCGGCACCGGAACCAGCAGCCUGGGCGUGAAGGCUCACCGCGGCUCCGACUCGUCUACGCUCAGCUCCCAGCCGUCCAUCGACGAGGUCCGAACUCAGAUGCACAUGUUGUUGGGCAACGCCUUCAGCCUGGCCCCGCCCGACCAUCCUCCGCCUUCUCCACCCACCACUCGGCACCAUCACCUCCACCACGCCCACAACGCCUACAACCCCGCCCACACCAACCACUACAGUGACGGAGUGACCAGCGCUCCGGGCACCAUGAACCAUCCCUGUGGACCCCGACAGAGGAGCCUGGCCUACGAGGACCACCACCAGUGCAGCCUGCCCAAACCGGGUUUCCGUUUCACCCAGCUGCCUGACAUGGGCAUCGGUUCACCUCCACCACCACUGAUCCCCUCCAGACCAGUACCAGGACCACCACCGGGCCCCCCAAUACGACGAUCCACUCCUGACGUUAGCCUCAAGCCACGCGUGACCGAAGCCUCAGAUAUCCAGGUCCAGCAGCACAACGGCGCCCCCUACCUGCCCAUGUCUCGGACUCCCUUCCCCGCUGUAACUGUGGACCAGUCCAUCAACAACUUCUCAGGAAACCCAAUCACAGCCGUCUACGCCAUCUCCGCCAACCGACCGGGAUACUCCGACUACUUCGUCAUGUCGCCACCCUCCUCGUACCGCAGCCCGUCCUGGAUGUCCUACCCACCUGAGCCAGAAGACCUGCCGAGGCAGUGGAACGACGUUCCGAAUCCUCGUGUCAUCUUGAAACCAUCUGUUGAAGCCGUCCAGGUUUUCCGUGAGUCAUCGUCUUCUCAGCUCUCUUUUGGUUUUUAAAAUGUCGUGAAUUCAAGCCUCGGUUGAAAAUAUCAAUAUGUGAAUGUAACGGGAGUCCACUUCCUGUCACAUGGUCCUUCAGUUUCGGGAACUGUUGGAACUAGAUCCAGGAGUGAGUGAGAGUAAAAACUGAGGGUCAAUAAAAUCAGGAACCAGACUCAGUGUUUAUGAUCAGCAUCAUCACAGGUUUGACAGGCAGAGGCAAGAAAUAUAAAAUAUAUAUAACAAUAUAAAAUACAUAUAUAUCCUCACUGAUAUACUGAUGAAUAUAUGUUAAGAUUUAAACAUUAUUUCCAUCAAGGAUCGACUGCUCUGUCUGUUGGUCGUCCUCACUCUCUCUCUCUCUCUCUCUCACCUCCUUCAGGUUGUUCUCCCUCUCUCUCCCUCUGGAUGGUGGAGGACCUCCUCCUCCUCCUCCUUCUUCUUCUUCUUCUUCUUCUCCUGGAUCUCCGCCCCUCCCUCUCUUCCUCUCUGCCUUCUUGGACCUCGGCCUCCGUCCUGUCCGACCUCUUGACCCCUGGUGGCCUCUGCUCUCCCUCUCUUCCUGUCUGUCCACCGACCUGCCCGUCGUUCGUCUCCUCUCGUUCUCCUCCACCUGCAGCUCUGAACUCCUUCUUCUUCUUCUUCUGGUCGGAGCUCCGCUUCAGUCUCAGCCAUAAUUGUGAGUCCAGAGCCCCCUGCUGGUACUCACAGACUUUUCAGGCGCGUAGUUGGGGCCUUUAUAUGUAGACUAUUUUUCUGUGGU